AUGGACCUCUCCGCGAGAACAAUCGCUACUUACACUGCUAUAUCCAUUGCGACUCUCAUUCUCGGUCGUGUCGUCAUGGGUUUCUUCGGUAGCAACAAGUUCCCUGUUGAGGGCAAGACGGUUCUUAUUACCGGUGCUUCCGAAGGAUUGGGCCUCAGCGCAGCUACCCAACUCUCUGGCAAGGGUGCAAACGUCGUUCUUGUCUCUCGUAGCGAGAGCAAACUCGAAGCUGCUCUCUACACCGUCAAGGCCGCAGCUAAGAACCCCGAAACACAACGCUUCCAUUACAUCGCCGCCGAUGUCUCCAAGGAAUCCUAUGCCAAGCCUCUCCUCGACCAAGUCAUCGCCUGGAACAAUGGAAACGCUCCCGAUAUCGUCUGGACAUGCGCUGGACUGUCCUUCCCCGAAUUGUUUGUCGACAUGGAGAUGAAGUCAAUGCGAAACCAUAUGGACGUCAACUACUGGGGCACAGCUGAGAUGGCACACGCUAUCAUGCGCGAGUGGCUCGACGUCGCCAAGCCUGUUGAGAAGGAGCCCAAGCAUCUCAUCAUGACUGGAAGCAUUGCCGCUUCCUACUCUCCUCCCGGAUACACGCCGUACACCCCCUCCAAGUAUGCCAUGCGAGGUCUUGCAGAGUGCAUUCAGCAAGAAGUACUUCUUUACCCCCAAAACGUCAAAGUCCACCUACUCUUGCCCGGUACCAUUCUUUCGCCCGGCAACGUCCGCGAAAACGAAAUCAAACCUGAGAUCACGAAGAUCAUUGAAAAAGACGACCCUAAGCAAACACCUGAGGAGGUCGCUGCUUUGUCCAUCAGGGGUCUGGAGGCUGGACAGCAUAACAUCACUGUGAACUUCCUUGGUCAUCUGAUGAAGUGGGCGUCUUUCGGCGGCACGCCCAAGAACAGUUUUGUUGAUAUUCUUGGUGCUUUUCUUGCUACAUUUGUUUGGAUCUUUGCUCGACCUAUCUUGGAUUCACAAAUUAGGGGUCAUGGCAAGAAACAUGGUCACCCCAGCCUGUAUAAGAAGACCCGGGAUGCUUGA